ACAUACACACACACACAGAGAGAGAGAGAGAGAGAGAGAGAGAGACACCUCGGGUUACAGGCGCAGAGAGAGUGUACAGCGCGCGCACAAGCUGAAACUUCACUCGAACCUUCACGCUGAAGGCAGAAAAGAGGAAAAGAGGCUAAAAUAUAUACUUAUACACAGAGAGAGAGAUAAAAUGAGCAGUCAGUUCGACGACGAUGCGCGCGACAGGAACGAGUGUAAGAGCAAAUCUCCGACUGUCCUCUCUUCCUACUGCAUCGAGAGCAUUCUGGGCCGGAGGAGUCCGUGUAAAGUCCGGCUGGUGGGAUCGCAAAGUUUAACAGCGCGACCAGAGCAUGAGCAGCCUUCUGAAGUUUCCAGUAAAGAGCUCUCCUUUGACUCGGACAUGCACCUUCCGCCCAAACUGCGCCGGCUCUACGGCCCCGGGGGGAAAUACCUGGAUGCCACCAGGGUGUUUCAGGAGCACGGGGAGAAAGGCGAGCUCGGCUGCGAGGGCAUGAAGAUCAGCCAGGCGCCGCAGGUCAGCAUCAGCCGGAGCAAGUCGUACCGGGAAAACGCGCCGUUCAGCGGGCUGGAGGAGGCGCGCAGCAGCCCGGAGCUGGCCGAGCUUGGAGCGCUCAAGUUCGAGGAGGACGCCGUGAAGGAGGAAGAGGAGGAGGAAGAGGAGGAGGAGGCGUGCGGAGCCGAGCAUGGCCUGUCGCCCAAGGACGAGCCGAGUCCGCGUAACGACGCAGAUGUGAAAGACGGAGAGGACAGCGUGUGUCUGUCUGCGGGCAGCGACUCGGAGGAAGGCAUGCUGAAGCGGAAGCAGAGGAGAUACAGGACCACGUUCACGAGCUACCAGCUGGAGGAGCUGGAGAGGGCCUUCCAAAAGACCCACUACCCAGACGUCUUCACCAGAGAGGAGCUCGCGAUGCGGCUGGACCUCACUGAGGCGCGUGUGCAGGUUUGGUUCCAGAAUCGUAGAGCAAAAUGGAGAAAGAGAGAGAAGGCAGGAGUUCAGUCUCAUCCUCCAGGUCUGCCCUUCCCUGGUCCACUAGCUGCUGCCCACCCCUUGAGUCACUAUCUAGAGGGAGGCCCAUUUCCUCCUCACCCGCACCCAGCUCUGGAGUCUGCCUGGACCGCCGCCGCAGCAGCCGCUGCCUUCCCAGGACUGGCACCACCACAUAACAGCUCCGCCCUUCCUCCUGCCACGCCCCUUGGCUUGGGCACCUUCCUGGGCACCGCCAUGUUUCGUCAUCCGGCCUUCAUCGGACCCACUUUUGGCAGACUUUUCUCCAGUAUGGGUCCACUGACAAGCGCUUCCACGGCCGCCGCUCUCCUGCGCCAAACCACGCCGCCGGUGGAAAGUCCAGUGCAGCCACCUGCAGGCCUGACAGACCCACCCACUGCCUCAUCCUCUUCCUCCACGGCUGCCGACCGCCGAGCCUCGAGCAUCGCCGCGCUACGUCUUAAAGCGAAAGAACACUCGGCUCAGCUCACUCAGCUGAACAUCCUGCCUGCCAGUGCUACGGGGAAGGAGGUCUGCUGAAGCUGUUGCUCUGAAAAAUAAACCCCUUACUAAAAAUAAAAAUAAUAAUAAUAAUAAUUACAAAGCAUGACCAAAUCCACAGUGUGAAAGCACACCGGUCGAGCUAUCCGAGCCCUGGAGGCGUGACGCACUGUUACAGUACCCAUCUUAUUGGACAUCCUCUAUCAUCAACAACCCAAACCCCAGUCUGCAAUGUAGCUCUGCUGCCAAGCCACAGCCAGUGAAAUUGUACUUACUCCAUUGAUGUUUUAUUUUUUUGGGGGGUCAAGGACGUGGUGACAGCAGUCACACACAAAAUAGCAACAAACUUCUCCUCUGCAAGAAGCAUCAGCUCCAGCAUGGGACCAGAGGAGGAGGUCAAUAUGCCAAAGGGAACUGCUAGAACCCUCCAAAUCGCACUAUCACCAAAUUCAUCGACUGAGGAAAAAACCCUCCUCCCACUCUCUCUGUGAAGAUUACCCCUGGUGUUAAUUAUGAUCUUUAGGAGGAAAAAUUAACAAUUUCUUCAAAGGACAAUAAUGGAGUUCAGAUUGCUUGCUCAUUGAUCUGUUAAGAGUAGCCUAUUUGUACAUACAAACAUAAAUACAUAUAUAUAUAUAUAUAUAUACAAACACACAUUAGCACUGUAAAGAUGAAUUGAAUGGGGGGGGGGCGCUUAAAAAGGUGUAAACUUGAAAACAUUGAAAUUCACUUGAUGUAGUAUUGUAUGAAUGUUUCCUAGUAGAUGUUCAUUUGACAGAAUUUUAGGUUUGUAGAUGAUUAUUUAUGUCCAACCUGUGGACUGGUCAGAUCCACAGCAGGACACACUGAUGGUCCACCAGAGACUGAAUUUUUUUUCCCUUUUUUCUUUUCUGGCAGCCAAGCAGAAUAAAAAAAAAAAAAGAAUAAAUCUGCUGAAUGAAUCUGAUGAAACCCCAACCAUUAUUAAAAAGACUUUAUUAUUA